CCACCAAAAGCGAACGUCGAUGAAUCCUGUGCUCAAGAAGAACCUCAUCCUGGCCGGCAGCCUCGGGACAUUCGCCAUCUCUGUGUUCGCGUACACGGUUUCCAAGCUGUCCAAGGACGAUUUUGAUGGUCUUGACACGGUCAAAGUGAACGUGCACGAAAGCGGAAUCAAAGCUACCGUCACCAAGCCCAUCGAUGCAAGUGCCUCCAAGUAGCUUGUCAUGAGCUAAAGUGCACAAUAUAAGUAUGGUCAGCCACCUGGUGUCACAACGCAUCUUUCCCAUAUUCAACUCUACGCAGAGCAUGCCACUUGCUGUUCGAGCAGUGCCACAUGCGCAUGGGUUCAGUUUCAACAUGAAGCAAGUGUUUGUGUGUCCACAGAGAUGCCAAGCAAGAUUUCCUCGACAAUACUGCUAGUUUGAUAUGGCGCAUAACUACAAACCAAAUCGUCCACACACUUGCACA